GGCGCGCAGGGCCAACUGCUGCCGCCAUCUUCCCGAGGAGAGGCCGCGGGAAGGCGCCCUCCCCGCGCACGCCCUGUACUCAGCACCGCCGGCCUUCCCGCCACCUGCCCCCUGCAAACUUGCCCGGUCCCCAGCAAAAAGACGCCCUUCCCGCACUUUAGUUGCCCACGAGGAGAGGAUCUCAUUACCUGUUCCCUCUUUUUGGUGUAAGGAAACCAAGCUCACAAGGCGGACCUUCAAGCAAGAUGUCUAAGCAACAGCCAACUCAGUUUAUAAAUCCAGAAACUCCUGGCUAUGUUGGAUUUGCAAAUCUUCCCAAUCAAGUUCACCGAAAAUCUGUGAAAAAAGGUUUCGAGUUCACACUGAUGGUUGUCGGUGAAUCGGGCCUCGGGAAGUCGACACUCAUCAACAGCCUAUUCCUGACGGACCUCUACCCAGAAAGAGUCAUACCUGGAGCCGCAGAGAAAAUUGAAAGAACUGUCCAGAUUGAGGCUUCAACUGUCGAGAUCGAGGAGCGGGGGGUCAAGCUGCGCCUGACGGUGGUGGACACUCCCGGUUAUGGCGACGCCAUCAACUGCAGGGACUGCUUCAAGACGAUCAUCUCGUACAUCGACGAGCAGUUCGAGCGGUACCUGCAUGACGAGAGCGGCCUGAAUAGGCGCCACAUUGUGGACAACCGGGUGCACUGCUGCUUCUACUUCCUGUCACCCUUCGGGCAUGGGCUCAAGCCCCUGGACGUGGCCUUCAUGAAAGCCAUCCACAACAAGGUGAACAUCGUGCCUGUCAUCGCCAAGGCUGACACGCUCACCUUGAAGGAGCGGGAGCGGCUGAAGAAGAGGAUUCUGGAUGAAAUCGAAGAACAUAACAUCAAAAUCUAUCACCUACCUGACGCAGAGUCCGAUGAAGACGAAGAUUUUAAAGAGCAGACUCGACUUCUCAAGGCCAGUAUCCCAUUCUCUGUGGUUGGAUCUAAUCAGCUGAUUGAAGCCAAAGGCAAGAAGGUCCGAGGGCGCCUCUACCCGUGGGGAGUCGUGGAGGUGGAGAACCCGGAGCACAACGACUUCCUGAAGCUGAGGACGAUGCUCAUCACCCACAUGCAGGAUCUGCAGGAGGUGACCCAGGACCUUCACUACGAGAACUUCCGCUCCGAGAGGCUGAAGAGAGGCGGCAGGAAAGUGGAGAAUGAGGACAUGAAUAAGGAUCAGAUCUUGCUGGAAAAGGAGGCAGAGCUCCGCCGCAUGCAGGAGAUGAUCGCCAGGAUGCAGGCGCAGAUGCAGCUGCAGGCGCAGGCGGGGGACGGCGACAGCGGGGUCCAUGGACACCACGUGUAGGAAGCGUUUUUCCUGGCACAACGCGAAGACGCUCCGGAGGGGCGAACAGCCAGCCGCCUCCUGUGCCUGCGGGGGAGCCCGUCCACACCGCACUGCUGUGCCUGGAGCGCCUCUCUCACCUGCGCUGUGCCUGGAGCGCCUCUCUCACCUGCAAUGUGCCUGGAGCGCCUCUCUCACCUGCGAUGUACCUGGUGUAUGGAGCUGUAACACUUGUACUCGUGUCUCACUGUCCCCUUCGUGAGGCUCACUUUCCCUUGCAUUUCCUUCUUCCUCGGUUAACCGCUAACGUUAGGGUGGUUCUCAGGGCGGCCAGACUUGGCUGGCAGGGCUGACGCCGUACCUGCCGGCUGUAGCCAGAACGGUGGUGCCAUCGCGGUGCUCCCGGGGGUAGGGCAUCGUGGGUGUGCACAGUGCUGCCCUGCCUGGCACAAGGCCACCGUCCUCGGCGAGCCCGCCCUGGGAAGGCUCCCGCCCUCUCCCCGCCACCUCCAGGCUGUUCUGGGCAGCGGUGCCCUCGUCCACACGUAUCCCUGUAGCCAGGUGAGCCGGAACGGUUACCUGACGACACUCGUGCACGCUUCAGUGGCUUUUUUACAGCAGGCUUCGGGGGUGAGUCUUAAGUCUCCAGAGUCUGAUGCUGGGUACCUUCAGAACGCCAGGUCGGUCUUGGCAGUGGUCCCCCUGGCUCCACUGCUGUGCAGGAAACAGAGCAGCUGGGAGCUCCAGCCACACACUGCCCUGAGACUCUUACCAGCAGAGGUGGCGAGUGUCCCCUGCCACUGAACUGGGGCAUGACUGAUCAGGGAGUCUUAGCAGUGGGCCCACUCAGAGACCAACCUUUGUACAUCUCACCCAUGCCAUACUGCAUUUUCUAUGACCGCCGGGGCAGAAGGCCUGCCUCCGCAGUGCACAGUGGGGUCCUUGGGCCAGCGUGCCCUGUGCCACCGGAACCCCAGGAGGCCCACGUGCCUGCCCGGUUUCCUGGUGCGGGCUCCUGCCUUCCCUCACAGUGGCGUUGGGUGGGACCGAAGCAGCAGGGAUGGCGUGCCAUGUGCCGCUCCCUCUCCUGUCCCCACCGUCACUGCCUUCCACAUCGUGUGCUCUGACUUCAUGUGUCACACAGGCUGCUUGCGGAGCCCGUCACUGCUGCGUGGUCCGCUCGCUGCGCCGUGGCCUGGCCCUCGCCUUCCGCCUUUCCCUCCUGGACUUGCGCAGUUUACUCCAGGGGGAGAAAUGACCUGAACAGUCACCACGGUGUGGAGGGAGCAGGUGCUGGUGCAUUAUUUUCCUUUUACUAAAACGUGAGAAGUUGACAUAGAGAAUGCUCCAUCAGAGGGCACCAGGCAUAUGUCGAAAGUCAUCACGUGAAGUUCUCACCUAGGAAGGGUGUUCAGGAAUGUGGAAUGCAUCUGAGCAGCUGGUAAUUAAACUGGAAGAUGCUGGAAGGAAAGAGGGAGGAUGAGCAUGCCCAGGCCCACCCUGGCGGUGUCUACUGAGGGCCAGCUUCCACCUAGUAAUGGGUACUGGGGUGGGGGACACCUAACUUCUGAAAGCCCGGACUUUGCUACCCAAAUCUAAACAUGUACUUUUGCUAACAGAUAAGUGCUCCUUUACUAAGAGAUAAUCUCUCCCUAUAGAGACGUAUUUUGUAAACACUUAUUUUCCACAGCAAUUUUGUAUCCAUUUAAGCUAACCUUUUCCAAUAAAGCACUGUUUAGAUACUAAA